UCCAGAAGAAUUUCAAAUCCCUAUUUGGAAACUCCUUCAAACAAGAUUUAUGGAGAAAGUUCUUCCUGUGCUGGGAGAGCUCUCAGGAAUAUUUUUACUCUACAAGCGUCUGACCUGAUUAAAGACAGGGUGUACCUUACUGGCAUUUGCAGGAGAAGCUGUGUUGGAUCGGAGCUGGUAGACUGGCUUUUGGAGCAGUGCCCUUUUGUAAAGUGCAGAUCUACAGCAGUUGGAGUGUGGCAGCUCCUCCUGGAUAUGGGCAUUAUAUUAUCAGUGGACAGACAACUCUAUUUUCAAGACAGUCAUGCUUUCUACCAGUUCUCAGCAGAUGAAUGUACCUACCUUUUCUGUGAAUUUGAGAAAGAGGAAGGGUGGAAGAAUGGAGUAAAGUUCCUACUUCAACUACUGCCAUUGUCUCCUCCCAGGAUUGACAUGUGUAAUCUGCCUGAUCAAAAAAUAGAAGAUACGGCAGAAACCAAUGCUGAAAUUCUUGCUCGUCUCACUUCUGCGGUACAGAGAGAACUGGCUGCUGUCAUUGCCUUGAAAGCAAGGAAGUCAGCAAUUCAUCAAAAUGAAGAAAACAGCAGUCAAGAAAUAAGAGGACUAGAAGAGCUCAAGGAUACCUCUGCUGCUCAGGCAGGGGUUCUGUGCAAGCUCCAGGGAAGAGAUGACAUCGGACGGAUUGAGCUGGUCCAGAAGCUGGCGAGAGAAAACUGCCAGUUUUUGCAGGCGGAUAGAAAACCACUGGAGAAGGCAGAACAAAAAAUUACUUUGCUGCCGGUAUAUUUGGAUGCAGGCAUUGGCUAG